AUGCCUACGGACACCAAGGUCCCGGGGAACACGGUCAAUGGUGUGGAUGGGAUUGAUAUCGACCCAAAAGAAGAGAGAGCCCUGGUCUGGCGUUUGGAUCUCUUUUUCCUAACUAUUGGAUUCUUGGGCUAUGCAUUCAAAUACCUCGAUCAAACAAAUAUCAGCAAUGCCUACGUGUCGGGAAUGCAGACAGAUCUUAAGUUGUAUGGAAACGAGCUGAAUUACUUCACUACUUACUUCAAUAUUGGAUACAUGGUGAUGCUCUACCCUUCAUGUGUUCUAAUUUCACAUAUUGGUCCAUCUAAAUGGUUACCUACAUGCGAGGUGAUGUGGGGGAUAUUGACUUGCUGCUUGUCAACAGCUACCAACGCCAAGCAGGUCUAUGGACUUCGCUUUCUUAUCGGGUUCUUCGAAGGGGCAACUUGGCCAGGUCAGUGGUACAUGCCUCAUGAAAUGGCUCUCCGCAUGAGCUUGUAUAAUAUCGCACAGCCUGUCGGGGCUAUGCUCUCUGGAGCAAUGCAAGGCGCGCUUUCUACCAACCUCGAAGGUUCACUCGGCCGGAGCGGUUGGCGAUGGGCCUUCAUUAUCAAUCCUGAACGCCAGAACCCACUCUCGAAGUUCUAUCUCAGACCUCGAGAUAUUGAGAUUGCCAAGGAGCGCAAUAGACGACUCGGCCGGGAUGCCCAGGUUGGAAUUACCCCGAGUACGUUCCUGCGGGCGUUCAAAUUCUGGCAUGUUUGGAUAUUUUCGCUCGCAUGGUCCAUUGGCACGAAUCAAACGCCUUCCAAUUACUUCAAUCUAUGGCUGAAAUCGCUGAAAACGGCAGACGGGUCCAAGAGAUACUCGGUCGCUAUGCUCAACUAUUUGCCCAUCGCGGGUCAGGCUAUCCAGCUUGUCGCCGAGCUUCUAUUUAGUGGCUUUAGUGACUACUUGGGUGUCAGACUGCCAUUCUUGCUUCUUCACUCUGUCGUCAACGUCACAUCCCUCAUCAUCCUGAUCAUUCGUCCCAGCAAUGACCAUCUCUACAUGGCUGGAUGGUAUAUGAACUACAUGGGCGCUGUAUCUACCAUGCUCCUCUGCGCCUGGGCAGCCGCACAUCUCGAAAAGGAACCUCAAGUCCGAACAGUUCUCUUCGCAACUGGUACUCUGUUCUCAUACCUAUUUAGUGCAUUCUUGCCCAUUGCUGCAUUCCCGGCCUCGCAGGCACCACAUUGGCGCAUUGGCGCGAAGGUAUACCUCGGACUGGCUCUUCUCGCAGCCUGUCUUUUUAUCAGUAUCGCCGUUAUCUUCAGAUGGCAGGAGAGAGGAAAAGGAAAAGCUGAGAUAACAGAGGAAGAGAACGGAGCCCUUGAAAAUCAGAAUUGA